AUGUCUGGUUUCUUCUCUAACCGGGUUAAACUCCCCAUCCAUCUUCUUCAACUCGUCCUCGCCGUCGGGGUUCUGGUCGUCUCAGUCGUACGAAUGCUGAACCAGCCGAAAAACGCCCCUCGAGGCCGCUCGAACACCAUGGCACUUGGAAUGGCUGCCAAGUCGCUUAUCAUUAUCCUCUAUCAAGUCUUGUCCGAUCAUGUGCGAGCCUUCAAGAAAUGGUCAAGCCUCAAGGCAUAUGUUAUUCUCAACGCACUGGAGAUUGUCUUUUGGGGUGCAGUGGUGUUCAUGAUGAUUCAAGCAAACCUCAAGUUUUGCGAGGGUAUGAGUUGCACGCUCAGCUGGAUUGUUGUUGUUCUCGGCAUCGUCAUGAGCUCUCUCGCCUCUUACAUGACUAUUGUCACUUGGCUCGACUUCCGGCACUUCCGCACAUACGGAACCCACCGUGGCCGCCAUUACCACGGCAAGCACCUCGAAGUCCAAUCAUCCGAGAGCAUCACCAUGGAUACUGCUCCGAUGACUGGACGGCACCCAGGCGAUCAAGGACAGGAGCGACUUGAUAUUCCCAAGCCAGUUCAGGCGGACUACGCUUAUUAUUCGCCGAACGCGAGACGCGAGAUGAACCAUUAUCACCACAGUGAUGGACGAUACUAA